CUUGUUUUUCUGUAACGCACUAGCCAUGGCUGCCAGUUAACUGGCUGUCAAGAUUAUGUAAAGUUGCCUUCUUUCUAUGAGGUCUUUAGUGACCAUUUAGAAUUUCUUUUCAUGUGGAUGAACCACUUCCACUUGUUUCUGAAACCCCAGAACUGAUGUGAUGUCAGAUAAGCGACAGCGUGCGCGAGUCCAGGGCUCCUGGGCCAAACAAAUGCCAAAACAGUCAAAUCCUACAGCAGGUAGGUCUAUGGUCCCAAACAAUAAUCAGUCUAAAGAUGCUAACACAGUCUCCGGUUCUUGGGGAUUUGGCAACCAGAAAACAUCUAAAAGUUUUGAGUUUCACCAGCCCACCAAGCAAGCUAGAGAUGUUCCACCAGAGAAGGCGAUAGAAAAGAUGGGUGAUUAUGAAAUCAGCCAUGGACCAUCAGGAGUAUCCCAACUACGUUUGCGCCCUGGGUUUAUUCCCCAAGAAGAGGCUGACUGGAUGUUUAGUAAGCUGCUAGCCGAACUCCCCUGGUCCCAGAAGACAAACUACAGACAGGGUGAGGAAUAUGAAGAGCCCAGGCUGACCUGCUGGUACGGGGAGUUGCCAUAUACGUAUGCUCGCUCUACUAUGCCUGCCAAGGCAGAGUGGCAUCCGUUGCUUGUGACUCUUCGUAAGGCAGUGGAGCAGAUGAGUGGAUGUAGCUUCAACUCCCUGCUGUGUAAUUUGUAUCGUGAUGGGCAUGACAGCAUCGGUUGGCACAGCGACGAUGAGGCCUCCUUGGGUGACAAACCUAGCAUUGCCUCCCUCAGUUUGGGUGACACCAGAAUCUUCAGCCUCCGCAAGCAGCCUCUACCAGAGGACAAUGGUGACUACACUUACGUGGAGCGGAUUCGUGUGCCUCUGAGUCAUGGGACUCUUCUGCUGAUGGAAGGUGCUACGCAGGAUGAUUGGCAGCAUCAAGUGGCUAAAGAGUACCACGACAGGGGCCCACGGAUCAACUUGACCUUCAGAACAAUCCACCCAGAGCCGCAGGGCUACAGGCCAGGCACCAAGAUGCGAUUCACAACCAAACAACCAUAGAUUCCCCUCAGUCAGGUAAUAGAGAGUCCGGAGGGCUACAGUGGUUCAGUCAUGAGAAACAUGCUGAGUUGUGGUCAGGGGAAGCUAAUCCAUGUUGUAUUUUUGUAGGGAAACAAAAGUUAUUAUUACAUUUUACUUGAAAGCAGUUUCCGCUGUUUAAAAGAAAUCCAACAAUCACUUGAUUUAGUUACAGUCUGUUGUAUGAAGAACAGGUCAUACUGUGGACUUUUAUUGUAGAUUUUAUUUAUCAGCACAGACAGCAGAUUAUAUCACAUAAUUGGAGAAAACUCUUAAAGUGGUCUGUAUCCAUCUAACAACUCUUGAUUCACAUUGAUUUGUGGUGCUUAGUCCAGAGGCAGUAACAGGAGAUUUUUUUCCCCCUCCACAUCUGGCUCACCUUCCAGCACUGGAAACAGUCAAAACACCUCAGUCCACUGUUUUAGUUUCCUUCUGGUGUGUGCAGGGAGCCUCCGCCGCUAAAAUAUAGAUACAACAGAUGUAUAUCAAUAAAAUAGAUCAACAUGCAUGUCCUUGUUCUAAGAAUAACCUGAAGCAAACCUGCAUUGGUUUGUUUGAUUUGUUUAUGGUAAACUUUAAUUUCAACAACCAACAUAUUAGGUUGGACAUUUUGUGUAAGAAGUGAAUGUAUGUAUAUUUUGUUUCUUCAUGAAAGCCAGUUACGGCCAGACAGUACACGAUGUCCACACACUGUCAAAAACGUUAAUGAUCUUCAGUCUUGUUCAACACAGAGAGCUUUUUGGAAAGAACAUAGCUGCUAUUAAAAACAAGACAGAAGGUUAAGUGGCCACUUGGGUGAUUUGCAAAAACCUGAAAACCUGUCCUUUAAAGACAAAGACCUUUUGGUAGCAAAAAGCAAACCCCUUACUCAAAAUCACUGAAACAGAGCAGUGUUUCCUUUCCAGACGAUGCUACUUGAGCACUCAAGUAAUUUAGAACUGUGUUUUGCCAUUUUAAUUUCUGAAAUUACUCUUGUUUUUGUUUCAUCUGUCUGAAAAGCCUGAAUGUCUAGUUGGUAGAUCUCAAACACAUGACAGGCCAAAAGCUGUUUCAAAACUGACACCAGUUUUAAAACAUGCUCUAUUAUUGUUAUUACUACUUCUAUUAUUAUAAUUAUUAUUUAUUUAUUUUUCAAUUUUUUGUGGAUUAAAAAAAUGGAAAGC